AUGAAUUAUAAUAAUAAAUAUCUCAUACAUUCACCAAAAAAACAAUCUUAAGCGAAGAUCAUUAUCAAAUAUAGCACUGCAAUCAAUUUGGAUCAUAUACCUAAAUUCAAAUACAAAUCCCCUAGGAAUCUUGCCAGAUAAAUAACAAACAUUAGUCCAACAAUUUAAUUGAAUAGUUCUAAAAAUAAAAAAACUGUAGAAUCCAAAAGCAGAUCCCCAUCCUUGGAAUCAAACUGGUUCAACAUAAAAAAAAUAAAAAAGAAAAUUGAUCCUUUUGAGAAUUUAAAUUAUGGACAUCCAAAAAUAUUUCAUAAAUUGUCACCUGAUUUAAUGAUUCCAACCUAAUUAUCUACACCAAUUACAGGCCAUAUUGAAAAACGAAUAGUCAUUAAAAAGAAGACUGAGCCUGCUCGUAUAGCUAGAUCCAACACUUAAUAUUCGAUUAGUAGAUAAGAGAUUAAGAUUAAUACAUCAUCAUCAAGAAUACUGUAAAAGAAGGAGAGUAAAAAGGAAACAUCAGGAGAAUUGAAAGGGUGGCAAGGAUGGCAUGUGGAACAUUAUGAUGAUUUUAUAUGA